AUGGCCUUGUCUCUGUCCAUCCUGAGAGCGUAUGGGGAAGGUGGCUCCCUCUGUGUUCAGUGGGGUGAACUCUUAGGAGAGACUGUACUGGAGAAGCCUAAAGCCCCAGGAGCCAGCAUCUUUGGCAAGUGGAGCCAGCAUCUUUGGCAAGUGGAGCCAGCAUCUUUGGCAAGUAACAACACAUCUGCCACGCUGAUCCUCAACACUGGUCCCCUCUGUGGUGAAGGUAACAACACAUCUGUCACGCUGAUCCUCAACACUGGUCCCCUCUGUGGUGCAGGUAACAACACAUCUGCCACGCUGAUCCUCAACACUGGUCCCCUCUGUGGUGUAGGUAACAACACAUCUGCCACGCUGAUCCUCAACACUGGUCCCCUCUGUGGUGCAGGUAACAACACAUCUGCCACGCUGAUCCUCAACACUGGUCCCCUCUGUGGUGUAGGCAACAACACAUCUGCCACGCUGAUCCUCAACACUGGUCCCCUCUGUGGUGUAGGUAACAACACAUCUGUCACGCUGAUCCUCAACACUGGUCCCCUCUGUGGUGCAGGUAACAACACAUCUGUCACGCUGAUCCUCAACACUGGUCCCCUCUGUGGUGCAGGUAACAACACAUCUGUCACGCUGAUCCUCAACACUGGUCCCCUCUGUGGUGCAGGUAACAACACAUCUGUCACGCUGAUCCUCAACACUGGUCCCCUCUGUGGUGCAGGUAACAACACAUCUGUCACGCUGAUCCUCAACACUGGUCCCCUCUGUGGUGCAGGUAACAACACAUCUGUCACGCUGAUCCUCAACACUGGUCCCCUCUGUGGUGCAGGCAACAACACAUCUGCCACGCUGAUCCUCAACACUGGUCCCCUCUGUGGUGCAGGUAACAACACAUCUGUCACGCUGAUCCUCAACACUGGUCCCCUCUGUGGUGCAGGUAACAACACAUCUGUCACGCUGAUCCUCAACACUGGUCCCCUCUGUGGUGCAGGUAACAACACAUCUGCCACGCUGAUCCUCAACACUGGUCCCCUCUGUGGUGCAGGUAACAACACAUCUGCCACGCUGAUCCUCAACACUGGUCCCCUCUGUGGUGCAGGUAACAACACAUCUGUCACGCUGAUCCUCAACACUGGUCCCCUCUGUGGUGCAGGUAACAACACAUCUGUCACGCUGAUCCUCAACACUGGUCCCCUCUGUGGUGCAGGUAACAACACAUCUGUCACGCUGAUCCUCAACACUGGUCCCCUCUGUGGUGCAGGUAACAACACAUCUGUCACGCUGAUCCUCAACACUGGUCCCCUCUGUGGUGCAGGUAACAACACAUCUGUCACGCUGAUCCUCAACACUGGUCCCCUCUGUGGUGCAGGUAACAACACAUCUGUCACGCUGAUCCUCAACACUGGUCCCCUCUGUGGUGCAGGUAACAACACAUCUGUCACGCUGAUCCUCAACACUGGUCCCCUCUGUGGUGCAGGUAACAACACAUCUGUCACGCUGAUCCUCAACACUGGUCCCCUCUGUGGUGUGUGCACAGUCCCCUCCUGUACUCCCUGUUCACUCAUGACUGCAUGGCCAGGCACGACUCCCAACACCAUCAUUAAGUUUGCAGACGGACGACACAACAGUGGUAGGCCUAAUCACCAACACCUGACCGUGUGGUGCCAGGACAACAACCCCUCAAUGUGAUCAAGACAAAGGAGAUGAUUGUGGAUUACAGGAACUGGAGGACCGAGCACACCCCCAUUCUCAUCAACAGGGCUGCAGUGGAGCAGGUUGAGAGCUUCAAGUUCCUUGGUGUCCACAUCACCAACAAACUAACAUGGUCCAAACACACCAAGACAGUCAUGAAGAGGGCAUAACAAAACCUAUUCCCCCUAAGGAGACUGAAAAGAUGUGGCAUGGGUCCUCAGAUCCUCAAAAGGUUCUACAGCUGCACCAUCGAGAGCAUCCUGACAGGUUGCAUCACUGCCUGGUAUGGUACUGCUCGGCCUAAGACCGCAAGGCACUACAGAGGGUAGUGCGUACGGCCCAGUACAUCACCGGGGCAAAGCUUCCUGCCAUCCAGGACCUCUAUACCAGGCGGUGUCAGAGGAAGGCCCUACACAUUGUCAGACUCCAGCCACCCUAGUCAUAGACUGUUCUCUAUGCUACUGCAUGGCAAGCGGUACUGGAGCGCCAAGUCUAGGUCCAAGAGGCUUCUAAACAGCUUCUACCCCCAAGCCAUAAGACUCCUGAACAUCUAAUCAAAUGGCUGGCUACCCAGACUAUUUGCAUUGCCCCCCCCCCUUUACGCUGCUGCUACUCUCUUAUCUAUGCAUAGUCACUUUAAUAACUCUACCUACAUAAAUAUUAAAUAAAUAUUACCUCAAUUACUUUGACUAACUGGUGCCCCCGCACAUUGACUCUGUACCAGUACCCCCUGUAUAUAGCCUCACUACUAUUGUUAUUUUACUGCUGCUCUUUAAUUAUUUGUUACUUUUAUUUCAUACUUUUAAAAAAAAUGUUUCUUAACUUCAUUGUUGGUUAAAGGCAUGUAAACAUUUCACUAACACCUGUUGUAUUCGGUGCAUAUGACAAAUAAGAUUUUAUUUUAUUUUGAUUUAUAACCGGACCCUGGUGAGUUCGCAUAAUGCUAACUAAAUGUUAGUCAGCUGGGAAAGCGCCCACUGCUUGAAGAUGAACAGGCACGGCUGACUUAAAUAAGCUUGUUAAGGGUGUUGCUGGAUACUCACUCGGGCACCACACGUAUCAGCUGCUGGUUUCCCCUCACUGGAGGGGAGGACUGAGAGGGCUUUUAGGUCUUUAGGUCUGGUUUCCCCUCACGGGAGGGGAGGACUGAGAGUGCCUUUAGGUCUGGUUUCAAGUUUUAUUUGCUGAACAUUUAAGUUUUAUUAUUAAAUCAUUUAGGUUGGAACCUUAUAGGCAAUAAAAGCUAUUUUGUUUUGAAUUUA